GACUCUGCGGCUGGCGGGGACGCGGGGCGGCGCGCAGCGGGGCCCUCUGCCGCCCCGUGCUCCCAUGUACGCCUUCUACUCACUGCUCAUCUACAUCUUCUACAGCCUUUUCCGCAGGGAUGGCGGGGCCGUGGCAGCUGCCCACCCCGGAGACCCUGCUCAGAGCACCGGCAGCAAGCCUGGGGGCCGUCGCCGCCCCAACCAGCCCUCGACAGAGCUGUGUACCGAGCUGAGCGACCUAGUUGGCUGCUCAGACUCGGAGAAUGUGCCCGGGGCGGGAGCCGAGGGACAGCCAGCCGAGGUCUCCCUGGAAGAGGCUCUCGUGCGUCUCGCUGAGUUCCUUUCAGUCCAGCUGGGGGCAGAAGAGAAUUGUGGGAACACUCCUGACCCAAGCAAGCCUGGCGAUGUGCCCCCACUGCUGACAGUGACUGGUCAGCUUCUGGCCCUCCUGGCAUGGAUCCGGAGCCCGAGGGGCAGGCAGGUCCUCCACCAAGGAACACAGCUUGCAUCAGGGGUACAACCCCCGACUCUGGUUGGGUCCUCACCCCAAAAAGAUUUCCCUUCCCCUUCACAAGGGGAUGAGCCCCAGGAGCAGCAGCCCCUCCAGUUGGAGGAGGAAGAGCAGAGGGCUUGGCAGCGGCUGGAGCAGCUCAUUCUUGGACAGCUGGAAGACUUGAGGCAGCAGCUGGACCUGCAGGAGGAGGAGCUGGGCCGACUGCGCCUGGGCGUGGGAGCGACAGACUCAGAAAAAAGAGUGCAGCAUCUAACCCUGGAGAAUGAGGCUCUGAAGCAGAGCCUGAGCCUCACACGCGACCUGCUGCUGCACUGGGGCCCUGGCUCUCAGCCCCGGGCCCCCCAGGAGGAGGCGGAGGCCCUAGUGGAGCUGCAGGGCCGACUCCAGGAGGCCCAGGACACCACUGAAGCCCUUCGGGUACAGUUGGGGGUGCAGGAGGUGCAGCUGCAGGGCCUUCAGGGCGCCCUCCGGCAGCUCCAGCAGGAGACUGAGCAGAACUGCAGGAGGGAGCUGCAGCAGGUGCACAAGCAGCUGGCAGGGCUUCACACGCGCAUGGUCAGUCUGCGUCAGGGCUGUGGAGACCUUCGAGGACUGGUCAGCACCUUCACUCAGAGCUGCCAGGGCUCACUAAGUGAGGCCCAAGGCCAGGUAUCCUGGGCCCUGGGAGCUCUGUCAGCAAGAGGGCCUGGGAAUCAGCUCCCUGAGGAACAACAGCAGCGGCCCACUGCUGGAUGCCCUGGGCGGCUGUUGGAGCUCAAGGGAAACAUCCGAGUGCUGUGUCGACUGAGGCCAGGGAUGCCCUCCAGUCUGGUGAAUGCAGAGCCUGGUCCUGGAGGCACUGUUACCACCAGCUAUCGGGGUCGUCAGCGUCACUUUCGCCUGGACUGGGUCUUCCCUCCAGAUGCCAGCCAGGAGGAGGUCUUCAGAGAGCUAGAGCCCACUGUGCUGUCUUGCCUCCAGGGCUACAGCGUCUGCAUUUUCACCUAUGGACAGACGGGAACUGGAAAGACCUACAGCAUGGAGGGCCCACCUGAGGACCCCGGCAUAGCUCCCAGGGCACUGCAGUCGCUGUUCAGGGAGAUGGGCAGUGGAGGGCAGCACCGAGUAACCCUCAGCAUGGUGGAGAUCUACAAUGAAGCAGUCAGGGAUCUCCUAGCCCCAGGGUCUUCUGAGCGUCUGGCUGUAAGGCAGGGCCCAGCAGGUCAGGGGGGCAUCCAGGUGGCUGGCCUCACCUACUGGGAUGUGCCCAGCCUGGAGACGCUGCACCAGAUGCUGAGCCUGGGGAGGAGCAACCGGGCCACGGCUGCCACAGCCAUGAACCAACACAGCUCGCGGUCACACGCCCUGGUGACUCUGACACUGCGCGGGGCCUCGCCGCGGGGUCCUGGCACCGCAGGCACGCUGCACCUGGUGGACUUGGCGGGCUCCGAGCGGGCCUGGAAGACAGGGGCAGCCGGGCCAAUGCAAGGAGACCGCGAUGGUGCCCGGCGUCUGCGGGAAGCGCGGGCCAUCAACCGCUCGCUGCUGGCUCUCGGAGGCGUGAUGGCGGCUCUGCGGGCCCGCCGGCCUCACAUACCCUUCCGAGACUCUCAGCUCACGCGCCUGCUGCAGCCGGCUCUGGGACCCGGCGCCACUGCGGUGCUGUUACUGCAGAUCUCUACGCGGCCGGAGGACCUUGGGGAGACGGUGUGCUCACUCAAGUUCGCCGAAAGAGUGGGCCAAGUGGAGCUGGGGCCGGCCCGGCGCCGCAGGGCCCCGCGCUCCGGGACACCCUCCUCCCUCAGCACGGACACACCGCUCACCGGGACCCCCUGCACUCCCACGCCGUCCCCCGGCAGCCCUCCCAGCCCAGGCCCAGACAGUGGCUCCAGUCCGGCACUCGCACCCCCAGAGGACCUGCCUGCCUAAGCGUGCUCCAAAGAGUUUGGGAUCACGCCUCUGCCGGCAGAGGCUGCUAAGUCCCUAACCCUUACAACCUCUUCACUUUCGGGGACCCACUGCGCCCCACUCCCCACCCCUCACCCUUCAAUGCCCAGAUUGUCCUCACUCUGCCUGAAGGGGAGAGGAAUGUUUCGCCAGAGGAACGACUACCCCCCUCUCUUGGCCAGGAGCUUGCCCCCACCCCCUUAUCACCAUCUGCUGUUAUCUCGGCGCCCAGUGGGGGUCCCCAGUCGCUGAAGGCAGAUUCCAGCCAAGUGGUUCCCCAAGCCCCCACACCACCCCACCCCAGCCACCAAAAACCAGACUUGCCAUGCAAAUGUUGUUGUUCCUUUACUGUUCUCCCCACCACCGCAAAACCAGGGGAAAACCAAGGGGCAUCUUCACUCUCCGUCCACUUUCCCCCUAACGGUGCUACCUCCUUCCCCAUGGCAGUUGAAGAAGGACAGAACUUCUCAAGACUGGAGCCAUCAGGAUUUCCCUCUCCCUAGAGGCAGGGAGGGGCAGUGACAGAUGGUGAUGGAUGGAUGGAUGGAUGGUGGGUUGGUGGACAGAUAGCCUGGAAAGAGGGGACAUGGCUGGCCUUCUCCAAGCUGAGCUGGGCCCCUUCCAGCCUUGCCUCUCUGGGGGUUGGAUAGGCAGGCCUGAUCUGGGCCACAUCCCUUUGUGGGGUCCAAUAAACAUUGUGGACUCU